UGCUUUCUUAAAUCUUUCAGCCAAAAUCAUAUAAUCUAUCUACAGAAUGAAAAGCUGGAUUAUACUGCUGGCUAUUGUAGUCAGCAUAGCAGAAACACAAAAGCAGGAGGUCUGCACCCAAGGGUAUCCUGGCAUCCCUGGCAAUCCCGGGCACAAUGGUGUACCUGGUCGUGAUGGGCGUGAUGGUUCAAAAGGCGAGAAGGGAGACACAGGUGAAGCAGGACUUCCUGGCAGUCCAGGAAAAGAUGGUGCAGAUGGAGAAAAAGGUGAACGAGGAGCCAAUGGGACUGUUGAAGAGAAGGGGAACAAAGGAGAUAAAGGAGAAAGAGGACAACCUGGGAAACUGGGACCAAAAGGAAUUAUAGGGUCAGUGGGUUACAAAGGUCAGAAGGGAGAGCUGGGACUGCAAGGACAAAAGGGGUUAAAAGGAGAUAUUGGGCCCAUAGGGCCAAAAGGAACAAAGGGUGAAAUUGGCUAUCCUGGAAGAGUUGGCUUCCCAGGGCCAAUUGGCCCUCCUGGUAAUCCAGGUCCUAAAGGUAAUACUGGAGAUCUUGGACCACGGGGUAACCCAGGAAUUCAGGGGGAAAGAGGCUUGAAAGGAGACAGAGGAGAUAAGGGGAAUGUAGGUGCCCCAGGGGUACUGCCAAGGAGUGCUUUCUGUGUCGGCCUUACAGUCUCCACCAAAUUUCCCACCCCAAGUCGCCCAAUAAAGUUUGACAAAGUGCUGUAUAACAGUCUAAAUGACUACAACUCAGUUACUGGCAAAUUCACCUGCAAAUACUCUGGAGUUUACUAUUUCACCUACCACAUCACGGUCUACUCAAGGAAUGUCCGAGUAGCUCUAGUUAAAAACGGCAUCAAGAUGCUGCACACAGUAGACAGGUACCAGGGUGGAGAGGACCAGGCCUCAGGAGCUGCCAUCCUUGAGCUACAGAGAGGAGAUGAGGUGUGGCUGCAGGCUCACCAAGGAGAGACUUUCAACGGGCUGUUUGCAGAUGCUGAUGAUGAUACCACCUUCUCGGGGUUCAUCCUGUUCAGCACCUCUGACCCACUGGAGCUGCUGCCAACACCUACCAUGUAA